CUAACACGUCAACGUCAGAAGGCAGCGGUAGCGAGUAGCCAGUGCCGCAUCGCCUCAGCCUCACCACACCUCGCUAAGCUAAGCUCAGCUUAUCCGGCGGCUUUCGGCCUUUCUAUCAUCGCCCCCUCGGCCUAAUCCUCUCUCUUUAUUUUUGUUGUGCCGUCGACGGAGAGUCAGAGGGGAAAGCGAGAGCCCCGUGCUAGCUGCCGGCAUCAUCACUCCCCUCCUUCCAGCAGAAAAUCAAAAUCCCCAGGCUGCUGGUUUCCUGAGGGAUCCAUGGCGUCCAUCAUCAUCAUCGCCGUGGUGUUCGUCCUGGACGUCCUCGCCUUCGUCCUCGCCAUCGGCGCCGAGCGCCGACGGAGCUACGUGACCUACGUGAACGUGGACACCUACGGGCGCGCCUACUGCGUGUACAGCUCCGACGCGUCCACGGCGUACGGCGUCAGCGCGCUGCUGCUGCUGCUCGCCGGCCAGGCGGUCGCCAUGGUCGCCACACGCUGCUUCUGCUGCGGACGCGCGCUCUCGCCGGGGCGCUGGCGGGCAUGGUCCGGCAUCUGCUUCGUCGUAUGCUGCAUCACGUUCGUGAUCGCGGAGCUGUGCCUGCUGGCGGGCUCGGUCCGGAACGCGUAUCACACCAAGUACAUCCCGCGGCCGAGCGACAGCCCGCCUUCGUGCGCGAUGCUCCGCAAGGGCGUCUUCGCCGCCGGCGCCGCCUUCACCUUCCUCACCGCGCUCUUCACCGAGCUGCACUACCUCUUCUACGCCAGGUCGCGCGCCGCCGCCGACGUGCCGCCGCCCAUCGUCGGCGGCAUCGGCAUGACACGCAUGUGACUGCUGUGAUCUCACUAGUAGGAGUGGUGAUUGACUGCUUGUACAUGAUGUGCUCCUCCAUGCCCUGAGCGCGUUCCGCUCCACGGGGCCCUGCCCUUAUUGACCAGCGUGUGUGUGGUAGUAGUGUGGCGUGUUGAUGCCCUUGUGCUGCGUGGUGUGAAUCCUCCUGUCAGGAACAUACUAUGACCUGAUGCAUUGCCAGCUGAAAUGGAAUUUUCUGUGCAGACUAAA